AUGGUGCCUGUGGUCUCCUACCAUGUAGACCGGGCCGUGGUUCCUGACCCAGUGCCCCAUGUCCAGCGUUCCCCAGGCCCAGGACCCCCAGCCCAGCAUCCUCCUACCCCAGCCCCUGGACCCAUUGCCCCCUCAAUCCCAUCCCACUGGCCCAUUAGCAUCCCCUGGGCCCAGUGUCCCCCAGGCCCAGCACCCUGGGCAUGGAGCACUCCAUCAGGGUGUGGGGAUUGA